GUACACAUCUGCUCGGGUCUGCCAACAGAAGAAGCAGUCCACGAAAUUUAUUGAACAGAGAGAAUAUGUAGGUCAGUUUAGGUAAGUGAUCACCAUAAGAUAUUCAUAUCGUAGAUCCUUUUUUAAAAUAUUCUCUUAAUAUGUAUUCUAUCUUCUAUAGUAACAUAAGGUAAUGCAUCAAGAAUAAAUGAGUGCAUAUCAGCGUAACAAUGAUUCAUUGUGUUUGUCUUUUGAACGUUGGAAUUUAUAGACCGUAUAGACUAGUAUGUAGAGAAUAUGAUUGUAGAGUUUUUGUAGAGUCGGGACAAGUCAAGCAGUGAAUGGUAUGGUUGGGUAUUUUAGUGGAGUAUCUAGUAGUGUAUAUUAGUUUAGUGUCAUAUAGAGAAGAGUACGCCUAGUUCAUUCAUUCAGCCAUCCCUUUGGCGCUACAGUCCAUGUAGGGCUGUAGCCUGCAUCCCCACUUACGUCUACUCAGACAUAACGGAUGCUUUUCUUUUCCAUGCUUGGAUUCCCAGUUGCUGUGGAUCUUUUUCCACAUUAUCCAUCCAUCUGAGCCUAGAUCUGCCUUUGAGCCGUUUUCCUCUGGGGUUUUGGUGGUGCACCCUCUUCAUCCCCUGUCAUUUGGCCUAGUUCCAGGUAGUGUUAUUUAGAAUUAGUGUUAUUGAGUAGGGUCGAGACGUUCAGAGAGGCAUUGUCUAUGUCACAAAAAUGUAUUGUAAAAUAAAAGAUUAUAACGUCAUAAUACAUUGAUUAAAAUCAAGCUAUAUUCCUCAUUCAUUUCAACUGAUGAAAAUUAUGAUGCUAUGCUUGUAUAAGAUAGGGGUGGCAAGUCUAACAUCUUCCACAGGCAGGUGAUAAGAGAUAUGUUUACAAUUCGUCCCCUUAGAAUAACAAUGUUCUAAGUCGAUUUUUUUUUUAAAAAUGAGUUAUGGCCCCUGUGCAACAAUUAAUCAACCCAUCUAUCAUGGUACAAAAGAUGGAAGCUUUAUAAUGAGCCGAUUUUGCAGGAAAUAUAAAAUAACAAGGUUGUAACUCGAGGUUGGCCUUUCAUCUUAAAUCUGUAAACAGGAGAAACCUUAUACAAUCAUACAGACGAAGCAUUGAGGCCAAAUGACUUCAAAGAUUUUAAAACAUGUACUGAUUAAUAAGUUUCAAUACCAGAGUGUAAAAGUAUGUGUACCGAGUAAUGAAAUGUACAUGUGAGCCAUUGGUUGGUUGUAGAUUUAGCCAUAUGGACAUAGCAUUUGAAAACAUCAAUGUAAGAAAGCCUAAAAGCACUAGAAGUUGUGUCCCAAUGAAAUCAUCGCAAGUAUUUUUGCCUCAACCAAAGACAGCAAUGUCAUCUAAUAAACUGUCUCAAGCUAAGAAAACAGAUUUUAGUGACGUGAUCAAGUUCAUGCCUGAGUUAGACAGGCAAAGCCAUAGCAACAUAAGUAUGUAGUAUGGUAGCUGGUUUUAAACGAAAAUAAUGCAGAAACUUCACAUGUGUGUGUAAACCAUGUUAUUGUCUAAUUAAUGUUUAUGUUUGUGUUUGUAAUAAUAAAUCAAUACAAAGAAACUACAUACAAGGAAAUAUUUUCCGUCUUUACUUUAAAUAUAAUUAUUAAAUGAUUUUGUCUUGUUAUUAUUUGUGAUCUAAAUAAUGAAUAUAUAUUUAUUCUUGAAAGGAACUGCUUAAAUCAUGGAGUUAAAUAAAUAGAAUCUGGUUAUUCUAAAGUGAAAUAGCAUUUUCAGAAUUACAAGGGUAUAUCGAAAAUUUCGAAAAUUCAUAUAACAUCAAAAUAAAUACCUAGAACCUUCAUUUUAAUGAUCAAACCUUGUAUUGAUAAUAUCAACGUAAAACAACAACAACUUCGAUAAAAACGUUUUUAGUUAUUCCAUACAAAACAUCAAACUUUCAAAAGCGAAUAUCUCGGUUUGACAAAAAGGUCACUUAGAACAAUUGUUACUCUAAGGGGACGAAUUUUCAAAUUUUAGAAACGACCUUCAUUGAAAAAAUAAAUUGUUUUAAGCCUCUUCCACGAUAUACGACAUUAAAAUUAUAAACUCAUACCAUUUACAUAACUACUUUAAUGGGGAUUACCACAGGCGGCAUGAUAUGGACACAAUUCUGGAAUCUUCUGCGAAUCUACCAGUACCAACCUGUAUCACCCACGAAUGACGUUCCCUUGGGUUUUCCAGCUUUUCUUCUUUUUUUUUUUUUUAAAUUCCCUGUCCAGCGUAGCCUACAGCAUCGUUACGUUGAGACGGCCGGAUGCACACAAAAAUAUAUUUUAAUAUAUAUAAUCGAUUUUUAAAGAAAUAACAAAUCGUUGCGAAUUUUAUUAGCAAUUAUCUUUUUUGUAUUGUUUGUGCAAUAUUUUGAAGUGCGUUGAUCCUAGGAUUGAAUUGCCUCACGAUAAAUUUUUGACAAUGGGUGUUUGUUGUUGUUUUUGUUUGUUUUGCUUUUCUUGUGAUGACCUCUAGAAUAUUCUAGAGUAGUGUCACGCUAGCGGAAGGUAACAGAAAGAGUCAAGAGUAGUGUAGAAUCAUUGGAAGUUGUCUAAAGUAGAGAAGAGGAGACAGUGUCGGUUAAGACGUUUUUUACACACAUACAGGCAUUUCAUUCAGCUUUUAAUAAUACAAGACUUCAUUUUAUAAUAAUUUUAAAAUAAUUGUUCAACGUUUUUCGUUUUUAUUAAAUGACAGUAUCGCAAUGGAGAAUUCAACACAUCCUGACUUCAACGCAAUGGAGAGUUCCGAACAUCAUGACUUGAACGCAAGGGAAAGUUCCACGCAUCAUGACUUCGACGAAAUGGAGAGUUCCAAAAAUCAUGACUUGAACGCAAUUGAGAGUUCCACGCAUCAUGACUUCAACGAAAUGAUCUCAAGUUUCCCCUGCCUAUUCAACAAAACUCCACUGGUCGUGGGACAAAACAUAAGAGAAAUCGAGUUCAAAUUGGAAAACGAGUUGAGUGAAGAUAAUGAUUCCCCGGAAGAAAUUAUCGCAAAACUCAAUUUCUACACCUGGGUAGAAUUUAAACUCGGUAACUUCCCGAUGGCGAAUCAAUAUAACCAGAAGGUUUUUUCCUAUUUGAAAGCAAGGGAAAGGCCAAAUAUAACUUGCCUUGUAAACCAGGCCCACAUUUUGCACAGGCUUGGCGAUGACGUGCAGGCUGAGCAGUGUUUAGCGAAAGCUGGAGAGUUAAGAAGUGGGUGCGGUGGUGAAAAAUUGAUGACGGAAGUUGACGCUGAACUGGCUUAUUCUCUGAGCAGAUUAAUUGGUGCUGAAAAUCUGAACCGCGCCAUUGAACUAUACACCGAGGUUGUAGCGAAGCAGCCGGAAUGCUACGCAUGGAUCUUGAGACUGGGCCUAUUACACAGACGAGCCACCCAUAGAAAUGUAUUCUCUUUCUUGGCUUCGAAUAAAUCAGUCAUAGAGCAUGCCGAGAAAGCUGUGGAACUACUUUAUGUCGUGGCUCAGAAAUCUUUGGACUCGAAUCUUAGACGCCGGGCCUAUGCACAGCUAGCUGUUUUAUGUAGUCAAUCGAACCGAUGUUUCGGUCAAGCCGAUUGCGUUCGCUUAUUCGGUGGAGCGAAUGUUCAUUAUUUUAUUGACAAUGCCCUGAAUCAUGGACGGAAUGAUGCGUGGACUCUAACAGAAUGUGGUCGCAUCAUGCGGUACAUAGACUUGGAGAAAGCCAUAUCCCUCCUCGUGCAGUCACUGUUAAUAAAAAAUCAUUCAACUACUCUGCACCAUUUAGGCAUGUGCUAUGAGCUUAAUGCUAAAAAGAUAGCCAGACGUGCGUCUAAAGAAGAGCGUAAAUACAUCAGAGGAAGUCAUAAAAACACGCAGAGUAAAAAUCAUUGUCAGCCGAACCCGUCGAAACAAAGUUUUAGUGGAUUUCCUGGGAGUUCUGAAAAUGAAACUCCUUGGUCGCCCACCAUACGAUCUCCGGUUAAAAGUAAAAAGCUCAAUAAGGGCGACCCUUCUGUGUUUUUAGCCAUCAAGUGCUACUGUGAGGCGAUCGUUUUUUCAUCUGACCGCAAUAGAGCCGCUCGAUUCAGUCUUGGUCUCUUAUUGAAGGAAUGUGGAGAAUUUGAAGAGGCACUCGAGCAUUUUGACCAAAUCAUUGACGUGACCUCAAAGGACAACGAAGAGAGCUGUGAACGAGGAUGUGAACGUCCAGAGUAUCGUGACACGUUGAAGGCCGCCCACAAGCAGGCUCGGCUUUGUCUUCUGGAGCUCGCUAAGCAGCCCGGGAAAACAGAAGACGAUGUUAAACAGUUGCAGGAACGCGCUGAAGAAAAACGGCUCAAGGCUGUUGGUUUGGAAGCCGAUGUGCCCGGUCAUGAGUCUAAAAGAAAACGGUGCAAGUAGAUCAAAAACGGUACUCUCUGUAAACUAUGGCAAUACACGAGUCAAUGGAUAUUCUAAAGUGUUUGCGUCGAUGUUCACGAUACGAUGGGAUUAGGUUAAUGGAAGACUUUAAAGCGUGAGUGAAUCAAAUAGAACAAACACGAAUGUCUUGAAACCAGCUGCGUGGCUUAAAAGCAAUUCCAAGACGCUGAUCAAUUUAUGCUCUUUUUGUUGGGGUUUCUGGUUUGGUUGUUUAUUGCGGG